UACUCAGCUCCAAAGAAUCUCCUUUAAGAAAAAUAUAUGCGAGUUUGGGAGAAUCAAAUAUGUCCAAAAUUUAAGAGAACUAGUUGAGGUAAUUAGAAUUUGAUUCCAAUAUUCCACGAAUGCAACUAAGGCAAAUAAACUAGGAGUGUAAUAUAUCUUGGCUCUUGGGUGCAAUCUGCAGUGUAGUUCUGGUGAUCUCCCUCUGCAAACGCCUCUUCAAUUCUGCACAAACUGAUGGGUUUUUCAAAGGAACACCUUCUUGCGCGGUUAAAGGAGCUUCAUAUUAAUUUUUCCCAGUAUGAGCAUCCAGCUAUUUUGACAAUUGAAGAAGGGGAAAAGUAUGUUGGACAUCUGGAAGGUGGACUGAGUAAAAGUUUGUUUUUGAAGGACAAGAAACAGCGGUUUUAUCUUGUUUCUGCUUUAAAGAAUACCAAAGUAGAUAUAAAAGUGUUAUCUCAGCGGCUAGGUUUAGGAAAAGGUGGUCUAAGAAUGGCGCCUUCAGAGGCUCUAGGUGAACUACUUCAGGUGCCCUUGGGUUGUGUCACUCCAUUUGCAGUAGUGAAUGAAUCUGCACGAGAUGUUUCACUGUUAUUGGAUCAAGGAUUCAAGACUCAGGAACACUGCUUCUUCCAUCCACUAUCAAAUGACAUGACAAUUUCUAUAAACUCUAAUGACCUCGACAAAUUUCUUAAGUCAAUAGGAAGGGAUCCUUCAUAUGUUGAUUUCGAGACCAAUCCGCCAGUGGGAAAAGAUCAUCCACCCGAUCUAGCUGCUCUAAUUCCAUCUGGCUCAAUAAAUUUGCCUGAUCAACCAGAAAAACAACCUUCAUACCAAAUUCCUGUAGACGGAAACCUUGUUUCUGUGGAUAAGGAGUCCAAGAUGAUUUCAGCAAACGUUGUCAAUCCAUCCGUAUGUGGGAAAAAUACAAAGGAAAAACUAGUCAACAAAGCUCAUUCAUCAGGCAACUUUGCAGAUGUUGAGCAAUUUGUUGAAGAAAUAUUGCAUAAAACAUCAAGAUUGUUGCUUUCAGAGAUCAAGGAAGACAGAAUAAAGCAACAUGGAGAGAAUCUCGGCGUUCUAGUGUCUGAGAAUUUACAAAAAGGUCUUAGCUCAGAUUUGGCAAACCUUGCUAUGAUAUUUAAGAACACUGCAUACACAGAAGGGUUCCAUGCUGGUACUCACUAUCAACCCGGACGCUUGUGAAGAUUACAAUGACUUCAGAUUCACUGGCCUGAAAGUUAAAAAGGGAGCAAAACAUCAACACUACUUGUUCAACGUUUCUUUUAUGAUCCUACCAUAUAUUGAUUGAACAUUCAUACAAUAAAUAUGGUACUAAAGAGGUGAUUUGUAACAAAUUUGAUUGAUGAAAUAUCUUUACUCUCAUUAUUGUGUGUGAAAUUUAGUGUUUGUAUAAUGCUCUGAAGUUUAGCUGAAAUUUCACAUAAUUCAGAGAAAGAUCUUUUAUUUUAUUU